AUCGUCUUCUUACUACAGCUUAUAGUUCACUUGUAACAUGUAACACACUGACAGAGAAGCAGAAAAGGUAUUCUACACACGCGUGAAAUUUCGUUCCACUUUUUUUGUGGAGAUGAAGUUGCUUUCCAGUGUCAGGGGCUGCGAUAGCGAAGCCGUCCGCCAUUGUUCUCAGCGUGUUAAAAUAACGUAUGCGUAAUGGAAGUAAACGCACGCGCUGCCCUUGUGUUUAAAAAAAUUGCAAAUAUCGCAGAAUACAAAUCUUCGUAGUGUUAUCCAGCUCUUUUCGUCUAAAUCCAGUUAGCGCGACCUGUCGGCGCUGAUCCAGCAAUGUUUUCACAACCCCUUUUUUUGCACUGCACUGUACUAUCGUGAAAGGCAGCCAUGAAUUAAUUACUGUGCCACCAAAACACUUCUGACCGUGCCUUGAAUUCUAACCGACGAGAGGACCCCAUGUCUGAUGAUGCUCAUCUUCAGUCGCUGGCCAAAUGUCGCCGAGGGCUGUAGGAGCAGAGGAGAUGGACCAUUCGGCCGGUUCCCAGAGUGGCUCAAAAUCAUGGCAGCCUUGCGGAAUCAAUUACAUGCUCUUGCCCUUAAAAGUGUUUAAUUUUUUUUAUUUUGGAGCCGUUGGCUCCAUCAUCCCGUUCCUGACAGUGUACCUGAAGCACCUGGGGCUGACGGCCCCCGAGACUGGCAUCAUCACGGGGUGCGCCGUGUUGCUGGCGGCCCUCAUCCGUCCCCUCCUCGGGCUGCUGGCCGAUGCCGCACGAGCCAGGCGCGUCCUGCUGCUGCUGUGUUGUCUGCUCUUUGGCGCCGCCUUCGCCUCUCUGUGGUUUCUUCCUCAACGGAAAGUCAACACAACAAUGCCUAAGUGGAUCUGCACUCACACACAAUCAAACAGCACAACCUGUAGUCGGAUUCCAGACAAACAAUGCCUGGCACAAGUUGAGGACACAGGUAUGCUGUAUAAUGCCGACCUGUCUUUUCAUUACUGUGAACAAAAUGGAAACUUUACGACCCUCGGGUUAAAACGAGAUUCACUCGACGAACAUCGCUUCUGCACAAAGGAACAAUAUCAAACUCUUUGCAAAACUACAGAAGUUGGUCUGAGAGCUACAGAACAGCAACAGACUAGUAGUAAAUGGGGCCAGGAAGGAUUAGAAACGUUGACGAUGAGUCAAAACAGGACACUAGCAUCCAAACAUGUCCAAGAAGAACCACCAGAACAGGCUAAGCUAGUUCUAGACUUGUUCCCCAUGGUAGGCGACCGAGUUUUCAUGAAAUUAAGAGACCGUUCACGCGACCUCGACAUCAGAUAUCUAGCCCGUGUGGGUCUUCAGAUUUCGUGUGGUCCUAUUCAGGAUGACCAUGGUGACGGGGGCUCAACAUCCACAGAUGAGGCAACAAUGGCAGACCUCCAACCUGGCAGGCUAAGCACAAACACCCAGCACACACCUUUCAAUAACGAAGAAUCGGAGAAGGGUGGUAAAGAACACAUCCUUGACUUGACGCCCAGCACAUCUGUUGAAGAUGGAGACGAAGUUACCAACGGUGUUGUGACGGAAGACACACGGACAAAACUGUCGGAGUUAGCGGACCUUCUUCAUGCUUCUGUGGAGACAGAGAACUGUGAGGGGCAGGCCCCUGGCGUAGCGCCCAACGAAUCCACGCAACUUCCAGGAACUAGAGGCACUUCCGGUGUGGCAACGAGCAUCGGCAAAUGCCAUUGUCACGUCUUCGUGUGCCAAGCCUGUCAACUGACGAGAGACGACUCUCCAGCAUUGACCUUUGACCGGGUGUUCGGCCUGACGUUGUUGUUGAUGGCGGUCGCACGGGCCUUCUACUCCUCCUCCAGCAGUCUGCUGGAUGCCGUCACCUACACCAUGCUGGAUUUGAACCGGCACCACUGGGGGCGGCAGCGCAUGUGGGGAACCAUCGGGACUGCAGCGGCGGCCACGGUUAUCAUGGGAGCCAACGUCACGGCUACUGGGGACAGUUUCGGAGCUCUCUUCUUGACUGGUUUUUGCCUCAUCAUCUGCACCUGUCUCACCGGGUACUUUUUAAAGAGACAAGCGGUUGCGGCAAAACGUUCCAAGGGGUUCGGCAACCUACGGGCCGUCCUGCGGAAAGUCUCGUUUCUCGUGUUCCUCGGCAAGAUCCUGUUGUUUGGGAUAUUGUGCGGGUCUGUGCAAAACUUUUUCUUCUGGUUUUUACGUGAGCUGGGCGGCGGGCAGACGGUGCUGGGUGCCUGCCUGCUGGCCAACUGUGCAUCGUCCGUCGUGGUGCUGCGCGGCGCUGCCGUCCUGCUGCGGCGUGUUGGAGAGAUGAGGACCAUGUACCUCGUGCUGCCUGUCUAUGCCACCAGAUUCAUCGUCAUGUCAUUGCUGGAGGAGCCAUGGGUGGCCGUCCCUGUGGAGCUCCUGCACGGCUUGACAUACUCCCUGUUGUGGGCCGCCUGCUCUGCCAACAUUCAUCUCCUGGCGCCCCCAGGGACCCAGGCCACAUGCCAGGGGAUAGCAGGUGCCAUCUACUGGGACCUCGGACGAGGACUGGGUAGCCUUUUGACCGGGUAUUUGUUCAGAGCACUGGGUGCCCGCUGGACACUCAGACUUUACGGAGUAACAUCAGUCUGUCUCAUUCCCAUCUUCUUCGUUUUAGACUGGCGAUGGCCUUUGAUACGAAGCAAGGCAGAGGAAGCAGAGACACAAACAGGGCAAGAUGUCAAACUGAUGUCCCACCUCUCGCCGGAAGUACCUGAAAAUAACCACUUGCUGAUGACCCAGCUGCCAUCUCGUUGCGACAGAGACCUUCCAAAAGGCGAUAACUGCAUGGUGAUGCAAACAUAUGCAACUAUAGACGAGUUACAGUCUGAUGACGAGGAUGAAUCACGCUCAGAUCGGCAGGAGGUAACAGGUCGCAAGUAACAAGAACAGCAGUAAUGUCCCCCUCCUCCUUGUUUAAAAGAACUGCACAGUAUUGGAAGCUGUUUCCUCCACAACAACUAGGACAAGGGGAUUCUUACAAUCAGCUUACUAAAUGAUAAUUUUACUGGAAAAAUGGUUGAUAGAUCAGGGAUGCCAUCUCAUACAGUUAAGUGUGGCAAAAUAAACAUCUAUAUAAGUAAUAACAUUCAGAAGUUAUAAUUUAAGACUGCAUUGCAAAAGUUAAUUCACGGCAUAGUGACUAACAGUACUUUAUAUAUCACUCUUUUAAAUACCUCCAUAAUAAAAUCAUGAAAAAGGAAA